CCGCUCCGUGCACGUACAACGUAUACGUGUCGCGCGUAUACCUGUCAUGGAUUCCGAGGAUCGACCGCGGCCGCCGCGGGCACGCGUGAUCGCGCGAUUCCCUGCGUGAGAGUGUCGCGCAUCGCACGCAUCGCACGCAUCGCACGCACCGCACGCACGCACGCCGAGCCCGACGGACGUUGGUCCGACGUGCACGAGGAAGCGCAAUCGGACGGUGUCGACCGCCGCUGUCGUCGUCGUGGACCAGGCGUCGUCGUCGUCGUCGUCGUCGUCGUCGUCGUCGUCGUCGUCAUCGUCACCGUCGUCGAUCAUGAGCGUCGCGGUAUCGUCGCGCGGAGGAAGGUGUCGUCGCCGCCGUUGGUGAACGAGCUGCUGAGAGAGACGCCCGGGAGAGAGUCACGCUGACGCGACGCCGCGCACCGGGAAGCGCGGCGUGCCGAAAUGAUUACCCUCAUCGGCGACGGGCCUUCUGUUCUCAUUCGGAGCACGGACCCUGAGGAGCAGGCGGCAGCGGACGAGUGGGAGCUUUAAGAGCCGGAGAACGUGUCGUGCUGGAGAACGACACGCUUAACGUCAUCGUCGUCGCCGUCGUCGUCGACGAGCAGACGGGAAGAGAGUGCGUUCUCUCGCAUUCGGCGAGGACAGACCGGCGGAGAGCCACGCGACGAGGAUGAGGCAGGUAGUCGUGCUGGAGCCAGCGGGCAGCCUCCUGGUAAUCAGACAGACCUCCCUGGGUGGCGGCGGCGUCGCCACCACCGGCAAUGUCAACUCCAGCCCAACGGGCACCAAUGACACCCACGCUUUGGUCAAUCACGCCGCCGUCUCCACAAUCGCCUCCAACGAUCACAACCAGAACAGGAUACUCGUUGUGCGCUCGUCUACCUCGUCCACCUGCAUGACCAGCUCGGCCGACAAUCACGUAUCGACCAACGGCAAUAGCAACAUCAACAUUAACGCGAAUGUUAAUGGGAGCCCGGGCGGUAUCAACUGCAAACCGUCGUCGAAGGUCGGAAUUGGCGGCGGUGCCUGCAAGCCGAACGAGAGAAACGAUCACCUACGAAACGAGCACAAGAACCAGGAGGGAGUCGCCAACGGCAACGAGCCGAACCUAGUCGCUGGAUGUCGUCCAAGGACGAGCAAGGAAGCCGCACACGAGAACGUCGCCUCCGACAGGAAGCUCGAUGGCGCGGAUCCCAUCUCCCAUGGCGACCCGAUAAAGCUUCCUGAAAAUCUGGAAACCUUGCCGCGAGCUGAACACUUUCCAACCCAGAGGCAUCGAUGGAACACCAACGAGGAAAUCGCCGCCAUCCUAAUCAGUUUUCAGAGGCACGCCGAAUGGCAAAGUCGGGAGGUAAAAGUACGACCACGAAGUGGUUCAAUGUUACUGUACUCGAGGAAGAAAGUACGCUACCGGCGGGACGGUUAUUGCUGGAAGAAAAGAAAAGAUGGAAAGACUACACGGGAGGAUCACAUGAAACUGAAGGUUCAGGGAGUCGAGUGCAUCUACGGCUGUUACGUGCACUCGGCGAUCCUUCCGACGUUUCAUCGCCGGUGUUACUGGCUACUGCAGAACCCGGACGUUGUUCUCGUCCAUUAUUUGAACGUCCCUUAUCCGGACGGUGAUGCGAAGCUGGCGGCCCUGCCACCCUGCCUCGCGUUGCCGCCAGACAAGAAGGAGUGGACGCGAGACGAGCUAGCGUCGCAAUUAAGGCCCAUGUUCCUCGGUGGAGAUGACGAUCCGAACAAUCCUCAUCUCACGCAGCACUCGAACCAUCCUGUCGACAUGAUAGUCUCUCAACUGCUCGAUAGGCAGAGGGCAUCCUCCACUUCCACCACCAGCAACACUCAACUCGCACCUAGGAGACUUACGCCCGACAAUCAGGUCACUUCAACAACGGGAGGUCAACAACAAUCGACGACGGCGGCUCCGGCUCCCCGCGUGUAUUCAAGACAUUCCCAUUCCACUCAGAGUCAACAGCCGGCUCCUCUAGUUUUAAGUUUGCAACAAAUUCAAGGCGGUGGUGGUCUUCUGAUACUCAACAGUCAACCAUAUCAUCAUCAGCAGCAGCAGCAGCAGCAGCAACAGCAGCAGCAGCAACAGCCGCAACAACAACAACAGCAGCAGCAGCCGCAGCAGCAGCAACAGCAGCAGCAACAGCAGCAGCAGCAGCAGCAGCAGCAGCAGCAGCAGCAGCAGCAGCAACAGCAGCAGCAAAGUCAGCAGGUGGAGAUGCAACAGGUCACAGAGCAACAAAUCGUAUCGCAGGCCAGCGUCGACCGAGAACAGCAAACGCAGCAAGAAAUCGACGCGCAGGAGAGUAUGGACAGAUCUGCCGUGCAAUCUCUGCCAAUGGGCGGUUCCGGCUCCGAGGUGACUGAUUUCGCGGAGACGCUGGAUCUGAGUCAGGAAGAUAUUCAGAGGACACUGUCGGCCAACAUGGUGCCCCCGUCGCCGUCGCCUUCGCCGGCGGACAACAGCAUGAUCAAUCCGAUGGACUUUAUCGACUCGUCGGACGACGUGCUGGUCAAUCUGGACGCGUUCGACGUAUUCGGCGAUUUGCCGGAGCUGCACGACUUCGAGGCCGAGCAGACGAAGCACGAGGAACAGCGAGGUGGUCCCGAGAAUGACGUCGGAUGUCAUCCUGGUACAACCGUCCAUAUUGCAGAAUAUAGUCCUGAGUGGAGUUACACCGAGGGUGGUGUAAAGGUAUUAGUUGCUGGUCCGUGGACCGGCGGUAGUGGUUCUCAGUCGUAUUCGGUACUUUUCGACGCGGAACCAGUCGAGGCAUGCCUCGUGCAACCAGGCGUGCUGCGUUGCCGAUGUCCCGCACACGCGCCAGGAAUAGCGUCCCUCCAGGUGGCCUGUGACGGUUUCGUCGUGUCCGAUAGCGUUGCCUUCGAAUAUCGUAGAGCGCCAACAAGCGAACCUAGCCCAGAGAAAGCUCUGCUGGACCGUCUUGCGGACGUCGAGGCCCGUCUGCAGGGUCCCGGUCCGCCGUCUCCCGCGGCUCAUCUGGAAGAGCGACUGGUUGCUUAUUGCCAGGAUGCUGUUGUCCGUCCUUGGCGAACUGGAGCGGAACCUCUUCAAUCCGGUGGGCCUACCCUCCUGCACCUGGCGGCCGGAUUGGGAUACUCCAGGUUAGCCUGUGCACUCCUUCACUGGAGAGCAGAAAAUCCUAGUAGUGUUUUGGACGCCGAGGUCGAUGCUCUUAGGCAGGAUAGCGCCGGCCUUACGCCACUUGCUUGGGCUUGUGCGGCAGGGCACGCCGACACCGCCAGGAUUCUUUACAGAUGGAAUGCUAUGGCACUACGCGUGAGGGACUGUCAGAAUAGAACGGCGACCGAACUGGCCGCGGAGAACGGUCACACGGCGAUCGCCGAAGAACUGAAUCAGCUCGAGACCCGAAGGCAAGACGAGAGGCUUUUCUUGCGACCCGCCAGCCCUAGCCCUAGGCGGCCAUCUCAAGACAGCGGUCUCGAUCUGGCGUUGUGUGGCUCGCCGUUGCUGGACAACAUGGAAUUGUUGCAAGAAGACGAGUCGUCAUUAGGCCUCAGCGAACAGGGAAUGGAGAGCGCUCCGACCCCUCAGGAGACCGUAGGGGAAGAAGACGCGAGGGUGCUGACAUUGGCAGAACAAAUUAUAGCAGCGCUACCGGAAAGGAUCAAGAGGGCGGAGGGUGAUUCUCCGUCUUCCUCGCCACCACCACUCACGGCGCCUCUGUCACCCUUGGAAGACGCUCUCAUGGAACAAAUGCCUCUCGACUCCGGGGAACUGUUCGACUCGUAUCGCGACUGCAGCGGUGGCGCAGCCUCGGUAUCGGACGUCGACGCCGACGCCAGUCCCUCGAGUCCCUCCAGCAGUUGCCUGACGCCGGACUCGCCGUCCCCGCCGCCCACCACCGCCGAUUUCUGCGAGUUUCUGCAGCUGCAGCUGCAACUCGACGGUAACGGUAACGCUCGCAGCGGGCAGUACUACUCGUCGAACGGCGGCGGUGAGCGCAAGUUGAACGGCAUGCUCGGUUCCGGGGCCAUGACGGUGGUCGGCGUCGGAAACGGCGACGGCGAGGCGGAUCUCAGCAGACUGACGUUGUCCGAUCGCGAGCAGAGAGAGCUCUACCACGCCGCCAGGAUGAUCCAGAAGGCGUAUAGAAAUUACAAGGGUCGCCAGAGGCAGGAGGAGGCCGAGAGGCACGCCGCCGUUCUGAUCCAACAAUACUAUCGCCGUCACAAACAGUACGCUUAUCACAGGCAAGCCACGAAAGCAGCGCUGGUGAUCCAGAACAAUUAUCGAAAUUAUCGCGCGCGGCCGGGCUCGGCCAGCGCGAGGCAGCAGGCGAUCCAUCAGCAGGCGGCUCAUCAGGCAGCGAGGAAGAUCCAGCAGUUCAUGCGGCAGUCCAAGAUCAAACUGCAGAACGCCAAGGCCGUCGCAAACGGGAGCGGGAGGCCGCCAGCGGUCAUUUCACGGGCGGCUGCUGUCCCCCAAAGCUCGCUCUCAUCUAGCCCAGGGGCCAGCCUAGUAGCCGCCAGCCCGGGGGUCACCUAGUCGACUGUCAGUCCAACGACACGCGGUGCAGCGGUAACGACAGCUCGGCAGCGAAAUAACACGGCCGGUGAGACGAGAGUCGUUUGGUGAACGGGAGCCCCGGAUCGGCCGUCGCGACGCCCUGAGGGAGUAUGCGAGUCGCCGUUAACGGCGACUAUGACUACUACGAGAGGGUACCGGACGUACGACACGGAUGAUAUACGGUUUUGUUCUCUGCGUCUCUGAUUUUUGCGUACCCGAAUGGUUGACCAAAACGUCAAGUCUUUAAUACCUAUCUCUUUCAAAUCUAUCUUUCGCCUCUCGCUAUUGAGUUAACACCGCGUCUCAUUCUCGUUCGCUAGUUUAUUUUGCUUGUAUUUUACUGCUAUUAUCGCACUCCCUGCAACCUCCUCGAACGAGUACUUGGAGUAGCAGCAAACGGGCGAACCUAUCGUAAGUGGGUUUGCUGCUGAAAAAAAAAAAAUCUAUACGAGAUCGAUCUGACUGAGGAAAAGCUUGUAGAAUACAGUUUCCUCCUUUCGCUUAACAUGUAAGAUAUAUACAUAUGUAUCUAGCGUACCGUGUCUCCUCAGGAGUACGAGAACCGCUUGGUCCGACACAUACGUUGAUACUUUACUACUACAUCGCGACAACAUCGAAGUUGACGAGCCGUUCCCGUGAUACUUUUUAUUAAAUCCUUGUGUGCACCGAGCUGGAAUCGCACAAAAUCGUUGUCGCUUAUGUAGAUUCAAGUAGUUCGAAUCUGCCGCUGGCAGAUUCUACGGAACUUUUGCAGGUCCUUUUAAAACGAGAAAUAUUUCUUCGACUCUCGAGGCUCUUUGUAAAUAAACAUAUUUCUCCUUUGAUGACACCGGUCGAUCGGAUUUGAAAUCUUUUUGAAGACGAAAACCGCGUAAACUGAUUAUAUGAAUUCUGAAAAUUGUAGCAUGAUAAAAUGUAGCGAUCGUUUUUAAUUGCAAUUUAUAUUAUUUUCACAUUUCACAAUUUAAUUUAAUAAAUCUCGGUAUCGUAAUUUUUAAAUUUUUGAAACAUUAGAAAUAAGAUAUAAAAAUUAGUUAAAGAUUUCUUUUUAUCUAAAAAUGAGAAUUCUGUCGACUUGUGUCAUUAGUAUCGUACUUUUCAUAUCGACGUAAUUUUACUAUUUUUACAACAAAAAAGUAUUUGUGUAGAGAUUAUUGUUUAUUUUUUUGACAUGAUUACAUGCACCAUAUAAUCUUAUUUGCGUAGCAAACAACUAAUAUUUUCCACUCUUGUUUACGAUACGUUCUCAUCGAUUUUUGCUCCUACAUUUACAAUUCUAAUCGAUUUAGACGAAACUGCGGCUAGGACCGUAUCGAGGAGGGAUAGCGUCUGCGAAGAAAAAAAUAGAAGAUAAUCUCGAUCGAAAGAGAUUUAUUUUAAGUUCAUGCGAGAAUCUUUGUAUUUGAACUUUUUCGUAUAAUUGUUUCUUUUUUAUUCAUGGAUUUUGGGUUUAACUGACGCUAAUAGACACUAAUUAAAUUAAUGAAUGAUUGAACAAUCAGAACACGCAGGAGCGGUGUGAAAUUGAUUUUAAAAGUAGUAACGAGUUACAUUUUAACGAUUUUAAUAAGAUAAGUCUUGCAAACAGGCAAAGGUGAAAUUCUGAGUUGAGACUCAGAAUAUUAAUGCUUUACGAAACUAGAUUUUUUUUUUAUUUCAAUCGGUUUUAUUAUCUAUAUUUUUACAAGAAGCGUAGUUAAAUUUAAUCGAUACGCGAAGCUGGGCGCACCACAUUCCUAUCAUUUAGCGCAAAUCUGAUAGCGCAGCAUCCAGAAUCCACUGUACAUAAUUAGAUGAGAACCUAUUGUCGUUCAUCAUGUGGCAGAAACGGUCUCUUUCGUGUACGGUUUGCUUAAGAGACGCAAAGUGAACGAAGAGGGCUGUACUUUGAUUUUAGAAAACUUUAGAGGGAGUGAAUGAGAGAAAAGAGUGGGAAACGGAGCGAGGAGAGAGCACAAAGGGGAAGGAAUUAUUACAGGAGACUUAAAAGAAAAAAAGAGAGAAAAAAAAGAAAAAAAAAAUGAACGGGCCCUUCGUCCAAAGGGUGCAAUUUCAUCCACGGGCUGUGCUAGUCACAGUAUAAUCAACUUCGUAGAGUUACUUUUUAGAACGUAAGCUAGUCGAUUACACAUUGUUACAAAAAACUACCUACCGUUUCUCUCUCCGAUAGGGGAUUUUUUUAAAGGUUCUCUAGCGUAAAGAUAUAAUUAGCGGUAAAAUUAAGGGCGUAGUUGAAUGCGGACGCGCACGCGGUCGCGCGCGAUUGCACGGCGCGCGAAGGGCGUGAAUUGUCCCGGCGUUCAAAGCUUUGAUCGGGUGGACAAACGUCUAUUGUGAUAAAUUAAAUGGUGAUCCAAGAAAGUAUUUCCGCGCAACGGGACAAGGGGAGACGGAGAUAAAGAAUCCACGUGUCUCCGACGUAUGUACGUCCCUGUGUGCGUGUUACCGCACGCGGGAGCUCUCGCUGAGGUGUGAAAAAGAGAAAUGGCGACAGAGAAAAAGAGAGUGAGAGAGAGAGAGAGAGAGAGAGGAGAUAGACAGACAGACGAAUGAAGAGAUCUGAGAGAUAAAAUUGCGAGCCGAUAUUACGCCGUGCGGGAUCUGUCGGGGGAGUAAUGUGUGUCGAUACCGCGCGUCGUAAGAUGUAAGGAAAAAGGGUGCUGCGGAUUUUCGAAUUACCGAAUUUCCUUGAGACAGUAAGUCAAUCCAUAUCGACCCUCUCCCCUCGGGGUGUGUUUCGCAGACUCACAGCGGGUUGUGAGAUCUAAUGGAACGCGACGUAAUUGCGGAGCGCGAGAUGGGGUAUUACCACAAUAUAUAUUGUACACAUGAGUCAAUUCCAACGAGCAUUUUCAUGCCAUUAAGCUUAAAGGGUUAUUAGUUAUUAAAAAGGGAGAUGUGACGUGCGAGGGAAGCGAGAUAAGGACGGGAGGAGGGAAGGAAGGAAGGAAGGAAAGGAGGGAAGAUAACAAAUUCUUACACUCUUUUAAUCAUUGUUAAUUAAUUAAAAUAAUCACGAUCCUAUCGAAAUACUUAAAAAAAAAUGAGUAAAAUAAUAAUAAUUAUUAUAUACACAAGAAAAACUAUUAUUAUAUAUAUUCAUAUUUUUGCUUAUUACAUAUUUAAGAAUCUAAAUAAACGAGGGCUAGCGAUUAUAAACGUAGCGGGCACGAGAAGCGUUAACGAUAACGACGAUGAUAAGGAUGAUGAAUAAAGUCUCAAGUUAGGGAUAAUUCUAGUUAGUCGGGCUUGUCGUUAUGCGUGGCAAUCAGGAUUCCGAAUUUAAGAGAUAACGAAGAAAGACGGCACGCGCGCGCGCGCGGUCUCGGCGGAGGGACGAAGUCCUCGGCGCAAUCUCACGCAACCGAGGACGGGGUGCACACUUGUACCGCUUUUCACCGGGGUGUCUGCGCAAGACAAGUCGAAUACAAUAUUUUUUACCCGCGGAACGGCGGACAGGGAAUGGCCGACACCGCGCGAGAUUUCCGAAGUUUCGCCGUUGCUCCACACAUUCAUUGCAUAAUUAACCACGUUAUACACCGAGGGCAAGCUGGGCGAAGGGUAUACUAGUUAGACCGAGGGCUGAGAGACGGGACGGUGAAUGGGGACGAGUUGAAGGGGAGGUGACCGCUGAGAAAAAGAGUAAUUUUAAUUAAAAAGACAUCGCUAGGAUAGGCGCUUCGAAUGAAUACAUAAACUUUAAAAGUCAUUUAUAAUACAAAUUAUUCUCAAAAUAUAAAGAAGUUUAAUAAGUAAAGGAGAAAAAAAAAUUUUUAAAUUCUACGUAAGGAAGCCAAGAGUCAAAGACGACUAGAUGAUAGGAGCCGCAUGGCCUAACUGCUGCCACUUUAAUUAAUUAAAUAAAUAAUUAUAACUUUAUUACUCAAUUAAUCUCGAUACAACAGAUGGGAAAUAAUGGAAAAAAAAAGAAAGAAAUCUAUAACACACUCUAUCUCAUGCCACUUUUCAAACUACUCUCUAGAUGCAGAGACGAAUCAGUAGGUAUAUUUAAUAGCGGACUACUAAAAACAAGAUUAAAACUAACAGGAAUUAAUUCUUCUCC